AUGUUCAUCCUUGCAACUACCCUACCCCUACCACCUGUCACUUCUGCCACUGUCGCCCCCACCCCUCCCUUAACCAUUGUCUACCACCACAUGUCAAUUCCACCACCCACUUCUUCAUCACUUCCUUAUACUUCUGCACUCUUAGUUGUUCCAAAACUGCUAUUUUUUGAUAUGAAACAUAAAGACCAUUACAAGAUUUAUAAUCUAUGUACAGAGCGUAAAUAUGAUACCAACAAAUUUCACAAACGUGUUGCAUCAUUCCCGUUUGAUGAUCAUUGUCCUCCUGAGGUGGAGCUGAUCCGGUCAUUUUGUUCAGAUUUGGAUCAAUGGCUCUCAAAGGAUGAACAGAAUGUUGGGGCCAUACAUUGUAAAGCUGGAAAGGGUCGGACUGGAGUAAUGAUCUGUUCCUACCUUUUACAUAGACACAAAUUUAGCAGUGCUGUGAAAGCUUUGGAUUUCUACGGAGACACUCGCACUUGUGAUAAGAAGGGUGUAACCAUUCCCAGCCAGAGGAGAUAUGUAAAAUACUAUGAAUAUUUGCUGAAAAACAACCUUGUUUACAAACCUGUUAUGCUGCUCUUACGGAACAUCCGAUUUGAAACUGUACCCAUGUUUACUAAUGGGUCCUGUUAUCCAUAUUUUGUAAUUUACCACUCCAAAACCAGGUUAUGUACAUCAACAGUGUAUGAGGGAGCCAAAAAAGGAGACGGCAUUGUUGACAUGGAAUUGACAAAACAACAGCCAGUCUGUAGUGACAUAAAAAUAGAAUUUUUCAACAAACCUAAAAUGAUGAAAAAGGAAAAGAUGUUCCAUUUUUGGUUCAACACAUUCUUUGUAAAUACAACUGAAGAAUGCUGGAAGAACUCCAAGGAUAGGAAUAAUGGGGUAAAGGAAAUGUGCUUGACACUCACAUUCACAAAAAAUGAAAUCGACAAAGCCAACAAGGACAAGGCACACAAACUUUUUAGCCCAAAUUUUAAAGUGAAACUUUAUUUUAGCCCUCACGACCAGAAUUCACCACCUGAAACUGUUCCCAUAAAAAGCAAAAGUACUGAGGAUCUACCGUCCCACCAAAUUAGCAAGGACCCCACAAUAGACCAGCACACAUUGAGCACAGUCCCCCAGAGUCGAAGCUUAGUCAGUAGUAUGAACUCAAUCAGCAUUGAUUACGUGGCACAAAGCACGUCAUCGAGUGGGGUGGCUCCUAGUCACACGCCUAGCAACUCACUCAGUAGUAGUGGCGGACCUGGCAGUGAUGGUAUGUCCAUUGCAGGCAGCACAGAUGCUAUGUCAGCUGAAAGUUUAAGUGACAGUGAGGUUAUUGAUGAGAAUUUGUCAGAUACAGAGAGUGAUGAUGAAUGGGAAGGACUGGAGACAACACAGAUUUUUUUAUUAUGUGGGGGUUUAAAAAAAAAAAAAACCAUCACCAUUUUCUCUCUAUCUCUCUCUAUCCUUUCAACAUGCAGUCAUUUCUUUUUGUUUUUUUUUUCAUCCUCACUCUUUUCUCUACCAUCAUUGUUUUGUCCCUCUUCUUUCUAUCCUUUUUUGCACCCUCUUUUUUCUAUCUUUUUUUUCCACUCCUUUUCCUUCCUUGUCAAUUCUUUCUCUCCACAUCCUGUUCACAAAUCUCUCUCUUUCUUUUUGAAAGGCCAGUAUUGUUUUCUUUAUCAUUUAUUACUUUACCUCAUAUUGCAAUAUGCCUUUUUUUCUUUAACCUUCUAA